AUGGAACUUGUUAACGCCGACGUUGAAUCAGAUCACAUUCAUGUCCUAACUGACUCGAUGUUUUCCCAACCUGGUCUUGAAGACAAGACGGAAUUGACAUUUGAAGAUUUCAAAAACUGCAUGGGAGAGUAUAUGACCAAUCUUGAUGAUGCGAAGUUGAACAUGUCAGGUAUGUUAUUGCAUAACAGCAAUUCUUAUGAGGGAAUAUUUAUUCUAAUUUAAUAUGAAUCAACCCUAUACAGAUGCUAAUUGUUCCAUUUUUAUAUUUUCGAGCAAUGACUGAAAUAAACAGAAAUUUAUCAAACCUCUCCGUCAUUUCCUUAAAAGUUUAGAGGGUUAAAUCGUUUGUGAAUGGAUUUUCCUUUUAGGUACGGGCCUGGAGGUACACAGAGGAAUCUUAGUGGACAUAAAGGAUUCCCCAAAAAUGGGAAGGAAGAAAGAUAAUGCUCUAAGCCGAGCAAAGAAAACUAUGAUGAAACCUUUCAGGUGAGACCAACAGUACCUACCAGAGGGCGAGGCGGGUACCUUAUUUUACCUUGCCUUGUAACUCCACUCACCAAUAAUUUUUCCAUGUGAAUAAUAAAUUUGUUUCUCCCUUCCUUCCUUAUUUUUCUCAAUUACAGUCCCUCCCGCGUCAAUGUCAGACCGAAAGUGAAAGUAACAGUACAGAAGUCAGUGGACGAACAACGUGUCGUACGAAAACGUUGGAUUCUAAUACAGAAUUAUGUUUCAAAUCACAUCUCGGAAAUAUUUAUCGCCGUUCUGUACACUUUGGUGCUGUUCGCUAUUUUCGCCGAAAGAGCUUAUUGUAUGUAGCCAAUCGUCGUUCUCCCAUUUACUUUAGCUCAAGCGUAGUGUCAACGGCGCCUCUUCGGGCUCUACUAGCAUGAGCGGCAAGCAGCGAGGCUAGAGGAGCUAUAGACCCUCCCCUCCGCCCAGACGUAAAAGAGGUUGGGAUGUAACUCCUGGACCCAAAAACAAUAAGAGUGAGGCAGUAAUAUGAUGAUUCUAUUCUAUUCUACAAAUCUAUUCGCACUUGGUGUACAGGAUGUUUUCGCACUGUUUGUUCCCUGCUAAUUAUUGACAUGUUGUCAACGGCUUGUUGACAACUUGUUAGAAGGUUAUUGAGCUCAAGAGACUUGUUACAGGUUGUUCCAAUAACCUAUUAUCGUUCUGCAAAUUUAACAAUCACAUGCAACCUUGUAGCAACAUUGAUAAAAUAACAGCAUUAUUACAACUUUUGACAGGCCUGUUGCGAACACAGCUAGCUUGUAGACAAGUUGCGACAUUUUUACGUGUGUAGUUCCUAGUUGACAACGCGCUCCAGAGUCGUGGAGGAAUUUGUGACAUAAUUAUCAAAAAAUAUAUUAAUACUUUUAUUUCUGUAGAUUAUUCAGUAGAGCGCGAACACAGUGGAUUACGGCGGAUAGCAGGAUAUGGUGUAACAGUAACACGUGGUGCUGCGAGUGCAAUGAUGUUUACAUACUCUUCGCUAUUGGUUACCAUGUGUCGUAACUUGAUCACUUUCCUGAGAGAAACAUUUGUUGGUCAUUAUGUUCCAUUUGAUUCCAACAUCGCGUUUCAUAAGUAUGUUGCAAUGUGGGCACUUAUUUUCACAGGUAUUGUCCUUGGCCUUUUUUAA